AUGAGUAUUCGGAUAAAUGCGACGGUGCAAGAGGCCCGAACAGCUGCAAACCACAGCCAGGAACAAUGGGACCGAUUCUACUUCAUAACCAAAGACGAGGCCAGGCAGCUUGCGGAGGCGCACCCUGACUGGAAAAGAUGGAUCCUCAUCCCCGCGAACGAGAAAGAACAAAUGCUGGAGAGGAUCAACACCCGCCUUCGAGCUGAGGGUAUUCCACCAGUCGAGAUGAUAAUUUUGAAAUGGCGGGUGUCGCAACUGCUCCGAGACAUCCAACGGAAAUACGCUAAUCCAAAUGAUUUCCAGAAGCCGGCAGUAUGCUACAAGGAAUGCCGGCAGCGUUCAGUCAUCGAGCCCACAGCGAACGGAGUAUUCACCAAGCGAGACUCGUCCAUACGACCCAAUACGGGAUGUGUAGUACCCAAGCCAUCGGAGGAAAUCUGUCUUUUACAGUGCGCGUUCAAUGUCGAGAAAGGAACACCCGACCAACAUUCGGUAUUCGAGCCUGAUACCCCAACCGCACAGCGCGGUAUGGAUAACGAGGAUAGAGCGAGAUAG